AAACACUCUCCUUAUUCUCCUUGCACCCCAUAACCCCCAACAAACCACGUACCACACAACGGCGUCGUUUCGAAACGCUUCCCGGAUUAUAAAAAACUGAAACAUUUGAAAUGCAAAGAGAAACAAAAAUGGAGUUGCUCAAGUUUUCGAAGUUCAAGCUUCAGCUACAAUCUCUCAUAACCGAAGUUCGAGAUCUCAGGGAUAGAGAACGCUUCGCCACCGAACAACACAAUUUUCAAAUCCAGAAGCAGAAGCGGAGUGAGGAAGAGUGUAGCAGAAAGAUACUGGAAUUGCAGAGUGAGUUGGCUUCUGUUAAAGAAGAGCGCGGGAAGUUGGAGAGGAAGGUAAAUUACAUACAGAAUGAUAAUGUGAUGCUUGAAAAUAAGGUGAAAGAGCUGAAGGGAACAGUGAAUAGCUUACUUCAGUCCAGGGAGAAUUUUGUGAUUGCUUAUGAGGAAUCUACUUCUCAUAUGAAACGUUCAAUUGAAACCAAAGAUAGGAUGCUUAGUGUCCUCACAGAAAAAAUAAACUCUCAUCUACUAUUAUAUGAUUCUAUAGAGAAGGAGGUGUUUCAUACCAAGCAAAUUCUGGAUAAAGUCCAAAACAUUGUCAAAGAUAAAGAAGAAGUUGUGACCAGCUUGAAAAACAAAAUGGACCAGGUCUGUGCAUUUGAAAAAGAAUUUGUUGAACAUAUCACUGACCUAAGAAAUAAACUGGAAAACAAAGAGGUUGAGUCAAGAAGAAAGGAUAGAGUCAUCUCAGAACUCGAAGCAAAGCUUGAUGCGGCAAAAAUUAGCAACAACAACCAAGCUCAAAUUGAAGAUCUUCAGAAAACCUUAUCGGCAAAGGAUGCAGAGAUAAAGAAUUUAGUUUCAGACAAAGAGGCACUACAUUAUGAAGUUGGAAGCUUAAGACUCAUCUUACAGAGGUUUCAGGGCACUAUUACUAAUAUGAAUGAAGAGGACAAAAUGUUAUUCUCAUCACAUUUGCGACCUAAAGAAGCUUGUACAGCAGAUAUGGAGAUAGCAGAUAAUAGGACGGAAGAUAUUGCUCAAAACAAUGAAGAGAAGUCUCAAGAACCUAUUUGAUUGUUGUAUUUCAAGGCACAG